GAUGUUCCAGGAGCGCAAGAUGGUGGCGAACGUUUUCAAGUCAGAUAGGUGCGGUUCAGCCGUCGGUGCGGUUAUAAUUGUCGUAUCAGCGUGACGUUACUUCGACGUGUGAUACAACGCGUGUACAAACGCCUCGAGAGGAUCGAGAUAUUCGGCCGAAUUGCCCUGGGGAAGCCUUGCCACGACCCUCGCGAUUCUGCGAGUCAGCUGACAACUGUUUGUGUACGCGUUGGUGCGUACAUCGUGCGUAUCGAAAAGUGGCCAGUAAUAAGGCUUUACGAGCUGGUAUAAUCUCGUCGAUGGUGUGUUGAUCUCUCGACUGCUUGUGAAUUUUUUUGUGUACGCCGAACAUAUGAUAGAAAGGCACUAGAGAAAGUAGUAUUAUCGACAAGUACGGUUCCGUGGAGAGCAGAUAUCUUGUAAGAAUAGAAAAACAUCUUACGAAAAAUACGGCGAUUCGACGUCAAUUCAAUGAGACGUUGCAAAUUCAUCUGGAUCACAAAGAAAAUUCGGCAACACAAUCAUGGAAAAAUUGGAGACAUUGGGAUGGUACUUGUCUGAUCAUGGUUAUAACGUGGCAACCGAUUCAGGAAACAUAACCGACACACAGAAGAUAGUUAAACGAUUGUUAGAUAUUGACUUAAGAGAAGUUGGCAGUGGAAAUGGAGAUCUUAAUCAAGGUAAUAUUAUAUUACAAAUACAGAAAAUACGCAAUGUUGCUUCACCCAAAGGAAACGAGGAGUCGAGAGCAGCUCCAAGAAUGUUAAAAUUAUCAAUGACAGAUGGCAAAAAUAAUUUUCAAGCAUUAGAAGUUGAACAUAUAUCGUCUUUAAGUUUAAAUACUCCACCUGGUACAAAAAUAUUAAUAAAGUCAGGAAUUUUACCUGUGUCACAUGGACUAAUCUUAUUGAGACCAUCACAUAUAGUUCAUGUGCUUGGAGGAAAAGUGGUCAAUCUAGUAGAGAAAUGGGAAUUAAAUAAGAAAUUAGCUUUACAUACUCGAGCAAGAUCUGCUGAAGAAGGUGGGCCUCCACCAUGGAUACCAUUUGGCAAAAAGAUAAUAAAAGUCUCCGAGCAAGAUAAGAACUUUAAAGCUCUGGCAGAAAAAGAAAAACCUAGUAAAGAAAAUACAGAAUUUGAAACUCAGCGUAAGGACGCAAUCGCGGAGGCCGCUAAACAAGGCAGCAAGAAAGUAUUCGGAGGUGGAAAUAAGCAGCUCUUAGAUCAUAGUGUACAGAAAAUUAUAGAUCGCGGAUUUACUAUAGAACAAGCAGAAUAUGCUUUGAAGGUGAAUAGAAAUAACGUAGACAAAGCUCUCAAAAGUCUGCAGAAAACCGACAGUAAACAUAAUGCCAAGGAAUCCCGAGAGCCACGUGGCAAACGGUUUGAGAAGAAAACUGAGGAGAGUAAACCCAGUAGUGGGAAAAUAUCUCUUUUCGAUUUUCUAGAAGAUAAAUUACCUGUGCAGCCCGAAAGCGUCGAUACAACCAGUUCAUUUCACAACAACUAUACGCAGAAUAGCGAAAGUAAUCAAGAUCGCCUAGAAUCGCGAAACGCUGACGCGCAAUCUGGAAGAGGUGUGCGGGGCCAAAAAGGAGGUCGGGGAUAUCAACCACCCCCGAGACACGCGGAGGAACAUAGAAAUAAUAAACGGACGACUAAUAGCAAUUCUACCACGCCUUCAUAUCCGCAAUAUAAUAGUGGUGGUAACACACAGCAAAACAAACCACCGAGAUUUCAACGCAACCAAGAAUCUCAGCAUCAGUAUCAACAUAAUGGAGGUAGAGAAGCGUAUCAGAGGUCUUCUCAGACAAGCGAUUAUAGAAACUCGUUCGCUCAGUCGCGCACAAGUAACACAAAUGUCAGUGAUAGUGGUAACGAGAAUUAUAACAAGAACCAAACCGACAUACUGGGGAAAACUCAUCUCGGUAGUAACAGAAACUAUAAUCACGUCGAGCCUGACGCCAGAAAUAAGCAGUCUUAUGAUGCUUCUUAUGGUAGGCAUAAUCGAGCGCAACAAGACGGAGCUUCUAAAGUAUAUUCUUCUAAUGCAACUGAAAAGAAUUUUAAGACUCAACCUAAAUAUCAGGCAAAUCAUAACACCGACAAUAGGAUGCCUAUGAAUCUCCAUACGCAAAGAAAUGAAAACAAUUAUAGCAAUCAAAACGCCGUUCCCGCAAGUAAUACAUGGGUGUGGCGAGUAGGUGACAAGUGCAUGGCUAAAUAUUGGGAAGAUAAUAGGUAUUACAAUGCCGAAGUUACUGGCGUUUCCGAGAGGACUUGCGUAGUACAGUUCAAAGAAUUUGAAAACUAUGAGGAGGUGUUGCAAGUGGAUUGUAUACCAAUUACUGAAGAUGCUCAAGAUCCUAUUACGGAUACAAGACGACACGAUCAACGUUUAAACAAUCGGCAGCCACGUUACGAUCAGAGCCAUAAUCAUAUAAAUGCAGGUAUGGAAUUUCGACGAGGUGGAAGUGGCACCACUAGUAACAAAGGAUACAAUAAGAAACGAAAUCAGCAACGGAGUACACAACCUAUUUAUCAACCGCCAGCGCAAAGAGGCUACAAUUCUAUGCCAAUUAGUAGUAAUCCAAAUAGCACUCAACAUAAUUCCUUUCUUUAAUGUAACAUUAGUCUCACGUCUUUAGUAAAGGAUGUAUUGAAAUCUCGCUAAAUAUAAUUGAGACAGUUGCAUUUGCUACUGAUAAACGAUCUAACCGAUUGCCACACUAAUAAAAAGAAGAUUUAGAUGUUGAUAAUAGGCAAUGAGUUAUGUGUCGCGUUUGAUUUCUAUUCGAGUUAGAUAAAACACGCAACAAUUUAAGCAUAAAUUAAAACUGAUUUUUCAUGGCUCAUACACGGGAAAGAGUAAUUGAAAAGACUCCUAUUGUAAAAUAUCGAUUGUGUUCUCAAAAUAUUAUACUAUUUGUAUUGUAGAAAAAUUGAUUCUUAAUACUGGAGAGCAGAGUAAAUGUAUCUCUGUACCUCGUCCACUUUAGCUGUAAUACUAAUAAAUCUUGUAAUAUCUAAUUAAAAUGUAAA